GGGGAGGAGAAGCUCCCUGCAAGACGGCCUCCCCCGCAGAUCCAAGGAGCCUCCUGGAAUGGGCACUCGCUGUUCUGACGUGGUGAUUCCCUUGGGAGUUUGAAGACAGAAGGGAAAAGGGAGAAGCCUGCAGAGAGCAUCAAAGGAUGAGGGGUGCUGUAAACGAAACAGGGGAGCCCUUUAAAAGGAAUCUGUCAUGUCCUGAAAUGCUUUCUGGAGAAGGUGCCAUUAUUUUCCUCCCCUUUUGCUCAGAUGAAAGGAGCCAGCAAGAACGGUCCUGAAGUAUUCCUCAGGGACCUUUUUGUCAUUGUGCCUCUCUCCCCUCACGAAGGGCCCUUUGCUGACCUUUCCAGAGGAAUCUCAGACCAGCUGAGAAGACAGUUCUUAAUAAAACAAAAACAAAAACAAAAACAAAACAAGUUCCUGCUGCUUGAAUGGGAGUUGUAGCUUGCUCGCUGCAGUUCUUUCCCUGUGGCUUUCUGGAAUGUCUGCAGAAACUUAAAAUAUCUUUAAAACUCUCUGGAUUAGGCAAGAGAAAAAGAGGUUUUUUUGUUUAUUUGUUUGUUGGCUUGCUUGCUUUUUUUCAUGCUAAAAAGGAGUAAAUGAGAAGUGGUAACUCCUUGUCCCUAAUCCAGGACCUGGACGAUCAAAACCUUCAAGUUCUAGGAAUCAGCACUUCAAAUCUGACAAAUAAAUAAACAUGAGAAGGACUGGCUGUGGGGUCUCCCACAGAGGCAGGUUUUGAAGGAAACCUGAGCAGGGCUCAGAACUUCCGGGCCUGUAUGAUGCCUGAAGACCGAAAUUCUGGGGGCCGCCCCUCAAGUACCUUAGCAUCAAGUCCUUUCAUCCCUAAAACCACAUACAGAAGAAUCAAACGAUGUUUUAGUUUUCGGAAAGGGAUUUUUGGACAGAAGCUGGAAGACACUGUCCGGUAUGAGAAGAGAUAUGGGAACCGCCUGGCCCCGAUGCUGGUGGAGCAGUGCGUGGACUUCAUCCGGCAGAGGGGGUUGAAGGAGGAGGGCCUCUUCCGACUGCCAGGCCAGGCUAAUCUCGUGAAGGAGCUCCAGGACGCCUUUGACUGCGGAGAGAAGCCGUCCUUUGACAGCAACACGGACGUACACACAGUGGCAUCCCUCCUUAAACUGUAUCUUCGAGAACUUCCAGAACCAGUUAUUCCUUAUGCAAAGUAUGAAGACUUUUUGUCCUGUGCCAAACUGCUCAGCAAGGAAGAAGAAGCGGGUGUUAAGGAAUUAGCGAAGCAGGUGAAGAGUUUGCCAGUAGUCAAUUACAAUCUCCUCAAGUAUAUUUGCAGGUUCUUGGAUGAAGUACAGUCUUAUUCAGGAGUGAACAAAAUGAGUGUGCAGAAUUUGGCAACUGUCUUUGGUCCUAAUAUUCUGCGCCCCAAAGUGGAAGAUCCUUUGACCAUCAUGGAGGGCACUGUGGUGGUCCAGCAGUUGAUGUCGAUGAUGAUCGGCAAACACGAUUGCCUUUUCCCCAAAGAUGCGGAACCGCAGAACAAGCCCCAAGACGGAGUGAGCAACAACAACAAUGAAAUCCAGAAGAAAGCCUCCGUGGGGGUGGGCCAGUUCCAGAACAAGGAGAACAACAACACCAAGGACAGCCCUGGGAGGCGGUGCUCCUGGGACAAGCCCGAGUCUCCUCAGAGAAGCAGUGUGGACAACGGCUCCCCCACGGCUCUAUCCGGCAGCAAAACCAAUAGCCCCAGGAACAGCGUCCACAAGCUGGAUGUCUCCAGGAGCCCCCCUCUCAUGGUCAAAAAGAACCCAGCCUUCAAUAAGGGGAGCGGGAUAGUCACCAACGGGUCCUUCAGCAGCAGCAAUGCAGAAGGCCUCGAAAAAACCCAAACCACACCCAAUGGGAGCUUACAGGCCAGAAGGACCUCUUCACUGAAGGGAUCUGGUACCAAAAUGGGCACCCACAGCGUGCAGAACGGAACCGUGCGCAUGGGCAUCUUGACCACAGACACACUCGGGAACCCCGCCAACGGCCGGAACAUGAGCUGGCUGCCCAACGGCUACGUGACCCUGAGGGACAACAAGCAGAAGGAGCAGGCGGGAGAGGCAGGUCAGCACAACAGGCUCUCCACUUACGACAAUGUGCACCAACAGUUCUCCACCAUGACCCUCGACGACAAGCAGAGCGUGGACAGCGCCACCUGGUCCACUUCCUCCUGUGAAAUCUCCCUUCCCGAGAACUCCAACUCCUGCCGCUCCUCCACCACCACCUGCCCGGAACAAGACUUUUAUGGUGGGAACUUUGAGGACCCUGUUUUGGAUGGGCCCCCACAGGACGAGCUUUCCCACCCUGGGGACUACGAAAGCAAAAGCGACCGCAGGAGUGUGGGAGGUCGAAGCAGUCGUGCCACCAGCAGCAGCGACAACAGUGAGACGUUUGUGGGGAACAACGCCAGCAACCACAGCGCACUGCACAGUUUAGUGUCCAGCCUGAAACAGGAGAUGACCAAACAGAAGAUCGAGUAUGAGUCCAGGAUAAAGAGCUUAGAACAGCGAAACUUGACUUUGGAAACAGAGAUGAUGAGUCUCCACGAUGAACUGGAUCAAGAAAGGAAAAAGUUCACGAUGAUAGAAAUCAAAAUGCGAAACGCCGAGCGAGCCAAGGAAGAUGCCGAGAAAAGAAAUGACAUGCUGCAGAAAGAAAUGGAGCAGUUCUUUUCCACGUUCGGGGAGCUGACAGUGGAACCCCGGAGAACCGAGAGAGGAAACACCAUCUGGAUCCAGUGAGCUGCUCGCUCCCGCUGUGGCCAGGCUGUGGGACGGACUCUGGGAGUUCUGGGGGUAGAAUGUGGGACCAGGUGGCUGGUCACCUGGCUGUACAGAACGCUAAGUGGUGGAGAAAUAUCAUUUAGAGACAUUAACCAUCCAUACCUGCAACGUGUACCAAAGUUACCCCAUGCCCCAUGAUGCUGUCGAGUGUUAGAACUGGAGCUGUGUAGAGAGAGUAGUUUUGAAAAAGUCAACUGAAAACGAGAAGCGUAUCUCAAGAAUUAUUUUAUUGCAAGUCUUGUAUUUAAAAUGUUAAAUCAAUAUGUCGUUGCAAUCCAGCUUGCUUUCGAGCUUCACCCUGUGCACUUAACAUAAGCUAUUUUUGGCAUCGUGUUAUCAUCCGCUUAUUUUAUAGAUCAAUAUUUUUAUUUCCCUUUUUGCUGAGGAAAUGAAGAUAAGCAGAAAUAUAAAAUAUAUAUAUAAAUAUAUAUGAUGCGUUAUUAAAAUCAAAAGAAUACUUUGUGGCUGUGCCGUUUGUGCCAAUAGACCUUGCCAUGACCAAAAAGAGACACGUACAUAGCUGUACAAAAUGUGAUGGCGUCACCAGGAACUGCUCUCCAAGCCCUGCCCUUGGCACUGCUCAGUUUUGCCUGGGAGGUGACGAUGCAGGAAUUUUGAGGCUGUGUCAGAAAGGCCCCUUCUCAAGCUCCCCCUCGCCCUUUCACUCCACAGAGGACACUCCAUUCAGGGCACCCCUUAGGGGGAAACUGUCAAGUGUGGCAUUUAACCAGUCGCCUGGAAUUGCUCCUUCCUGGUGGAAUGUCUCUGACUGCCAGAUGGUUAUUAGGGGAUCUCUUCCUGCUAUUUGGAAGUCAGGAAACGUGCUUGCUAAACGAUGCUCAUGGGAGUACCUGCCCCCAACUCCGACCCCACCCUUGCCCCCCACAAUUGCACUUUGGAAGGCCAACGGUGAAAUAGAAUUCCUGGGCCCCUCUCAGUGAAACCCCCAGAGGCUGCAUCCCACAGCGACAUUUUCUGCCCCUCAGGCAGUGUCCCCUGGGAUCGAUCGGCUGUGCCCCACAGCUGGCAAAGGUGUUGCCCUAAGAAGAGGAGAUGGGGGAAGGGGACCAGGAGGACAAGGAGAAAACUCUGGAAGGACCUAUUUCACUUCUCAUUUUGACAAUAUCAUUCUUCCCUGUUGAAAACAUAGUCAUUCACAAUCACUUUAAAAUGUGAAUGCUUUGAGAUACCAUUUUGACAAAUAUGCGAACACCAGUAGUGUCCUAAAAGCUAACUUUUAAGAAGCACCCAGGGCUUUUUGAAGCCACAGUUUGGGAGGACAAUUCUUCUCACUUCAACAAGGCAAUGAUUUGGGGAAGCCGGGCAAAUAAAUCCUUCCCACGCUAGCACAAAUAGUCACGAAAGGCAUAAUCGGAAAUAAAGACUACAUGAGUUGCUGGA